AUGAAAGAUUUCUUAUUUUAAAUUUAAAAUCUGCUCUAAGAUUUUUCUUCAAAUCUUGACAAAGCAAGAGGAAAAAUUAUAAUUAUUAAAAAGAAAUUUAAAGUAGUAAUAAGCUUAAAGAAAAGUAAAUCAAUAAUUUUAAGUUUUUUAUCCCUUAUCACAACAAACUCUAAAUCCUAUUUUAUUAGUUUAUCUUUAAAGUCUUCGACUAUUAGCUAUUGUUUAAUAUUAAUACAAAAAACCGCAAGGUUUCUUAGAGAAAAUGAUGUUAAACCUAAUAGAUCGAUUAGACAAAAUUAUUGA